AUGGAGGUGCGAUCCGCAGCAUCAGGUGCGACGCUGGCUCUGCUUGAUGCAGCUGAAGUUGAGGGCAAGUCGGCGAGGGAAGUGAAGAACGCUCUAGCCGGCCAACUUGGUGUCACAAGAUUCAGGCAAAAGCUGUUGUCAGAUGAUGGAAGGUUGAUUAAAGAUGCUGAGGUUUUCAGUGGGACCGCAAAGAUCCAGCUUGUCAAGUUGGACUUUUGUCCACCUGAUGAAGAAGGACACCGAAAGAUGUUCAACGCAUCAGCCUCAGGUGAUGUAACCGCACUGGGAGAAUUACUUGAGAGUCCUCGCAAUCCCGAUGUGACAGAUCACGACGGGUGGACGUCGUUGCACUAUGCCGCCCUGAAUGGGUGUGUCGGGCCGACGAGGCUGUUGCUCGAGGCAGGAGCAGAGAAAGAUGCCGUUUCAGAUCGCGGGGAAACCCCCUUGCAUCUUGCAGCUCAAGAGGGCUACUUUUCCGUUGUCCAACUGUUGGUGGAGGCGGGCGCCGACAAAGAUCGGCCCAGGACGCGGGAUGGCUCAACUGCGCUGCAUCUUGCAGCAGAAACUGGGCAGCUGAGUGGUGAAGGUGGCAAUUUGGGUAUGGUCUACUUGCUGGCAAGAUCUGGUGCAGACUGUAACGCAACCCUUCCCGACGGUGGGUCAACUGCUCAGGAUGUGGCGUCUGAGGAAGGUCACGUGAAAGUUGUCGAAUUCUUGGCCAGGUUCCAGGGACACCCGCCAAAGAAGAUCCGAAGAGGGUCAAGUCCGUGA